GGCACAGCUGGAUGAAGAAGGACAGUUUCUUGUCAGAAUAAUUUAUGAUGAUUCCAAAACCUAUGAUCUGGUUGCAGCUGCAAGCAAGGUCCUUAAUCUAAAUGCUGGGGAAAUUCUUCAAAUGUUUGGGAAGAUGUUUUUUGUGUUUUGUCAAGAAUCUGGUUAUGAUACAAUUCUACGUGUCCUGGGCUCAAAUGUCAGAGAGUUUUUGCAGAACCUGGAUGCUUUGCAUGACCACCUUGCUACUAUUUACCCGGGUAUGCGAGCCCCUUCCUUUAGAUGCACUGAUGCGGAGAAGGGGAAGGGACUCAUUCUGCAUUACUAUUCGGAAAGAGAAGGUCUCCAGGAUAUUGUCAUUGGAAUCAUCAAAACAGUAGCUCAACAGAUCCACGGUACAGAAAUAGAUAUGAAGGUUAUUCAACAGAGAAAUGAAGAAUGUGACCACAUUCAGUUUUUAAUUGAAGAGAAAGAGUCUAAAGAAGAGGACUACUAUGAAGACCUUGACAGAUUUGAAGAAAAUGGUACCCAAGAGUCUCGCAUCAGUCCCUAUACUUUCUGCAAGGCCUUUCCUUUCCACAUAAUAUUUGACAGAGAUCUGGUGGUCACACAGUGUGGCAAUGCUAUAUACAGAGUCCUUCCACAGCUGCAGCCAGGAAAUUGCAGUCUGUUGUCAGUUUUCUCCCUGGUCCGGCCUCAUAUUGAUAUUAGUUUCCAUGGGAUCCUCUCACAUAUCAAUACAGUCUUUGUACUGAGGACCAAG